UGAAGCAUCUAAGCGCGUGUAUGAGCUCUGACCAAGUGACGGAGGUCAAAAUGGCCCCAUCAAAACGACAGAAAACUUUCUCUGACUCCGAAUCGCCUCCGUUUGUCAUCAAAACAGUCGAGAUGCACACGGGCGGUGAACCUGUACGAAUCAUCACCGAGGGAUAUCCCAAAAUCGAAGGGAAAACCAUCCUAGAGAAGCGGGCCUACGUUCGGGACCACCUGGACGUACUCCGGAAGAGGUUGCUUUGGGAGCCGAGAGGCCACUAUGACAUGUACGGGGCCCUGCUGGUCGAGCCAGACGACAAAACUGCGGAUAUCGGCGUGCUUUUCAUGCACAACAAUGGCUAUGGUACCAUGUGCGGGCACGCUUGUAUCGGGCUGGGGCGAUACGUGGUAGAUAAAGGGAUAGUUCCCGCGAAAAGCCCAGAAACAGAACUGGUUAUCCAGUGCCCGACCGGCCCGGUGAAAGUCUGGGUAGAUUAUCAAGACGGACGAAGUGGGCGUGCCAGAUUCCACAGUGUUCCAGCGUUUGUCUUUGCGCUCGACCAAGAAGUCGACGUUCCCAACUACGGGCGGGUGAAGGUAGACAUCGCUUCCGGAGGGGCGUUCUACGCCUUUCUCCCCGACAGCUCUCUGGGGCUAGAUCUCCGUACAGCUCCUAUUGAAGCCGUCAGGAGUGCCGCAAUAGCAGUGACAGAAGCCGUGAGAAAAACCGUGAAGUUACGCCACCCGGAACACCCGGACAUGGCGUACCUGGACGGGACGAUCAUUACGGACGGGCGGGACGAGUACGACGAGACGCCGACGGUUCACACCAGUGUGUUCGGCGGGUCGUUCGUGGACCGGUCUCCUUGUGGAUCGGGUACAACAGCAAGAGUUGCUAUACUGCACCGCCGUGGGCAGCUCGACCUGUCCAAAGCGCGGCAGUUCGCGAGCGGCCCCACGGGCUCGGUGAUGACGGGCCGGCCGGUGAGAGAGACCAGGUGGGGAGAGUUCGACGCUGUGAUCGUGGAAGUGGCGGGAAAUGCGUACUACACCGGAACCGCAGAGUUUACAGUCGAGCCGGACGACCCGCUGAAAGAUGGCUUCCUUGUCAAGUGAUUGUCGUGUUCUAUAUAUACGACUGUUAAGGAGGGCCGCACUUCCAUUUUUCUGUCGUUACACUCUUUUAAUCAACUUUUAUCGUCAUCACUGGAGCUGUUUUGUUUCACACGAGUUUCUAUAAAGGACUGAAAAAUGA